CACAAGUAAAUAAUCCUUGAAAUUUUCGGAUCUCGGUGAAUGAGGAUCGUGACGAUCUCUGCAUAAUUGUGGUUCCGAAUCUGUAAUUCUACUGCAUACUCCAAGGCAAGGAUCCGACGAGACUUACUGCGAUUUGAAGAGUGAAGACGAGAUGAUAAGAGAAGGUUGAUCGACUACUAUCGAUUAGUACUUGAAGAUGAUGCAUACAAGAAACCCGACAAUCCCUCAACAUGAAUUAGUUCGCAACAUAAGAAUCAUAGACUCCUGUUUUCCGCCUUAUCUGAUAUCGCUUAUAGUCUCUGUGAUGAUCACAUCAAUUGAAGCAGGUCUACAUCGGCUUUUGAGAGUGUCUUUUUUGAUUGAAAUCUUGGUAACGGACAUGCGGGGUGAAGCUGAUAUGAUCAAAACUUACAAAUCACCAAAAAGUAGCUGCGCGCCUUACCUAGUAGCAGGGGUCACGGGCAUAGCGAUAAACUAACACGCAGUAGGAGUUUUGUUGUAUUCUGUUUGGCGUCGACCCGUUGGCUUUGGCGGCGGUUUAAGCCUGUUCUCUUGAAUAUUGCACUAUACUUGCUUAAGGAUCAAACAUGUAAAUGUGGCGACUUCACAACGUGUCACAUUGACUGACCUGGACAUCAUUUUGUGAAGAGCUCAACACGUAACAAAUUAACUAAAUUCAUAUCAACAUAUAUUAACCAUUGUUUUCUUGACUUUUACUCCGCAUGAGAACAUUAAGUACAUGGAACGACAUUGAGCCGAAUGUGGUUGCUGUGCGGUAUAGAAAUCCCAAACCGUCGUGCGUGUGCUGUUUUAUUCCGAGUUGCGUCCGCGGGUAUGUUGUCAGGCCUGCUGCGCUCGGCCUAAAUCUUCGAGUUGUACCUCCAAGUAUCAUUUCCGCAUUCUCGUAGUUGCUCACGAAGAGUUACAGCCGAUUCCGUUUCUUGGGCCGGGUUUAUACCCUUCGCCAUUGCAAAGAUGGGAUCCUUCAAGACGGUGUCGGAUAUCCGGAAUGACUUCGGUGUGUUUCGGUCCGCAGUCGCGUUAAAACGGGCACAGCUGCCACAUAAAUCGCAGGACGAAGUGUGGUCGUAUUACGAGCUUGGGGGUGAGGAGGAACCUGAGGCCGAUCCGAUAGUUUUUCUCCCAGGAACAACGACCGGUGCGGAAACCUUUUUUUACCAGCUAGAUGCGCUCAGCUGCAAGGGGUAGAAAACAUUUUCUUUGACAUAUUAAUUUCUUAACCGGUGCUUGCGUAGUAUCCUGUUCUCAUGCAACAUUCUUCGUUGGUUCAUUGGCAAUUCGUUGCUCCGAACAAAUUCGUCGAUUCAAUACUUCUACAACUACAGGUAUCGGUGUAUUAGCUGCCAGUAUCCUCCUUAUUACUCUGUAGACGAGUGGGUAGAGGGGUUCGAGCGAUUUCUUGACGUUGUAAAAGCCAACAAGGUGUACAUUUUCGGUGUCUCUUUAGGCGGCUUUCUAGCGCAGGCUUAUGCAGUCCAGCAUCCGCGGAGAGUAGGUGGCUUGCUUCUCUGUAACAGCUUUACGAGUACUGCUAGCUUUUCAGAGGCCGCCGCCGGCUUCGUGUCCCUGGUGCACGUUACCCCAACUGCACUGCUGAGGUAAGAGGACAUAUUUUUGUAGCAUUACUUAACUAGACCCCUAGGGCUUCGCUCGAGGUUUCUGCUACCUCUCUAGACGUUUCCAGACUGUCUGGCAGUCUUGUCUUGUACUCCCGUCCUGUACUCCUGUCCCGUAGUCCUGUCUUGUAUUCUUGUCCUGUGUUCCUGUCCCGUACUCCUCUCCUGGCUGCACUCCUGUCUUGUAGUCUUGUCCCGUAGUCCUGUCUUGUACUCCUGUCUCGCAUUCUUGUACUGUGUUCUUGUCCUGAACUCCUCUCCUGGCUGUACUCCUGUCCUGUAGUCUUGUCUUGUAGUCUUGUCCUGUUGGUGUUGUGUGUGUUGCGGUGUUGUGUUGUGUGUGUCGGUGUUGUGUUGUGUGUGUUGGUGUUGGUGUUGUGUUGUGUGUGUUGGUGUUGUGUUGUGUGUGUUGGUGUUGUGUGUGUUGGUGUUGUGUGUGUUGGUGUUGUGUGUGUUGGUGUUGUGUGUGUUGGUGUUGUGUGUGUUGGUGUUGUGUGUGUCGGUGUUGUGUGUGUCGGUGUUGUGUGUGUCGGUGUUGUGUUGUGUGUGUUGGUGUUGUGUUGUGUGUGUUGGUGUUGUGUUGUGUUGUGUGCUUGGUGUUGUGUUGUGUGCUUGGUGUUGUGUUGUGUGCUUGGUGUUGUGUUGUGUGCUUGGUGUUGUGUUGUGUGCUUGGUGUGUUGUGGUGUGUGUUUUGCUGUUUUGGAAAGGUGUACAUUUUUUUAUUCCUUACUAAGUAUAAUUAAUGCAGUGUCGUGAUGUACCUUCCGUUCUGUCUUGAUUGUUGCUUCUCGACUUAAAUCUAGGAAAUAACAACACUGUGAUCAGAGCAACAGUAAUAAAUUGGGAAAUCAUGAAAAUUACAUAUUUUUUGUACAUCAUCAAAAAAUGCAUCUUACUGUCCGUAUUCUACAGGUCGAUGUUAUUAGAAAACUUUCCGUCUAGUGGUGAUGCGCGAGUUAUGCAUGCUAAUGAGUGGGUGAAGGAGCGACUCGCCGGGGACGACUCUGCGCUAGAUGGCUAUGAUUUAGCGUCGCGCAUAACGCUUGCGUAUACACUUGCCACUAUUGGGCACGUAACUCUGUCAGAGGGUAAAAUUCUUAUUAUCGACGUAAAUGACCAGUGUGUAACCACAGCACACGUGCGACAGGAGCUGAAGAGUAGGUAUCCAGACGCGAAGGUGGCCACAUUGAAGCAAGGUGGGGACUUUCCGUUCCUCUCUUGCGCAUCGGAGCUUACUCUCUACAUUGAGGUGCACUUGCGGAAUUGCAGCCUUUUUCCGUUAAAGGAGCAAAUACUUGAAGGUACUUGGCGAAUUCAUGAUCUGAUUGAGAAUUUUUGAUGAUACAACAACUAGAAGCUUUGCCUUUUUUGUGCGUUUCGUUCGUUAUAAAUGAGAAGCGAAAUAACCGUUUCUUUCGAAACUCCAGAUCAACGAAGCUACAACGCGUACGCGCAGGGUGAUGCGGGUUAUGGUGAAAUGCCACAACAAUCAAUGCCAUCUGCACCAGCCGCGGAUCCAGCGCCUGCUCCCGCAGCUCCCAAGCCAAAAGUUCGAUACCACAACCCAUUCGACUGA